AUGAGCUCUAGACAAAUUACACAAACACAAGUCUUUUUUGGCCUUGAAAAGCUAGAAACUCCUGCAGCGAAGAAAGUCAUCUUUGAUUCAAGCCAGGACACAGUGAGAAGAAUCAGAAAUGAGCUUUUAUUGGCAGCAAAAAGUGAGAUUUCUCACUUUAACUCCCUUAAAUGCAAAUUUACUGUAGUAAAGCCUCAAAAAGAAGAAGUUGAAAUUGAAAGAACAAUAAUCUUGAAGAAGAACUUCACUUUUAGAGCAUCAGAAGGAUCAACCUGAAUGGGAUCCUCAAAGUCUGUGUCAGACUCAGACUCAGAAGAUGGUGAUCACCGCUCUGUUUCAUCAGACUCAGACUCCAGCGACGAUGGCCUGGACGACUUCCUCGGCGAGCACAUCCAGCUUCACAUAAUCGAUGGAAAGAGCGGCAAGGUUAUCAAAAGUCUCUAAGCCAUGAUCACCAGUUUUAUCUCCUAAGAAAUAGGAAUAAAAACUAAAAUCUUAAUUUUCAAUUAUAAUACAGUUGACUGAACCCAUGUACUAAUUUUCACUAAUUUUUAUGAGAAAAAUUAUUUCUUUGCACUUAGAAAAGGCUAUAUGAAUUUCUGUCAAUUAUGAUUUCUUAAUAGAAAGAACUUUUGUUGAAUAAUCUCUCUUUGCAUGUGCUUACUAUAAAGACAUAUAAUAAAUAAUAAAACUCAGAAUUGUUUUUCUAACUCUAAGCAUGGUAGACGAACGGUAUUAGUUUUCAGAAUCAUCUCUUAGGGUCCUUUUCUUAUAAAAAUAUCUCUGAAAUGAAUUUCCACGUUCUAUGUUUUCCCCUACCAUACUAUUCCAAACACCAGCUAAUGAAAGAGUUGAUUUAAUUACCAACCUUAAGUUUGGAUAGCUAAGAACCUUAGCUAGCUUCAGUCUUAUUCGUCUCUGCAGUUUGAUUCAGGGAAGGUUUCAUAAUACCAUAGUGUCCCUAUGUACCUAAGUACUACCCAGACUUAU